AUGUCUCGUAAUUCCUGGUGGGGUUUAAUGUUUAAUCGAGAGGACAAUGAAGAUAACAACAAUAACAAUAUUGCCAUUGAAAAGAAUCAGAAAGGGUUAAAAAGUACUAACACCAAUGAUACCAGCAUAGAUUUUACCACACAUUCUCACACCACCACUAACGACGACGAUAAGAAAGAUUUGAUAAAAGGAAUCGACGAAGGAAUUCCAAAAGAAAACGAGGAAUUAUUAUCGGAAGGAAGCGAAGGGAAAAUACAACAUCAAAAAGGAAUACCAAUCGCCACAGCGAACAAUUUUGCGUCUUCGGUCACCUCGGAAGUUCCGUCCGUAGCUUCAACCUUGGUAGAACAAGAACCGCAAUCACAAUCAAAUUCUUUACAACCACAUCAUGGGUCUCCAGCGAUCCCAAUACCAAAACAACAAAAUCAAAACGUCCGACGACAUGAUGAUACAAAAAGAGCUUCUAUGGGAUCCAUGAUAACAACGACGAAUAAUACUCUUACUACUGCAAUGCCUACUAUCGCUACAACGACGGCUAUUGCUACGACGAGUACGUUUGUGUCAUCUGGAAGUUCUUCGGUGUCGAGUGUUUCAUCGUUGAAGAGUCGGACGAAUUCUCCUUCUGGUGGUGUAAUUGACAAUGGUGGGAAAAAUAAUAAUAUUGAUGCUGAUGAGGAUGGGGAUGAUGUAUCACGGAAAAUUGCUCCGAAUUCAAAUAAUAGUAAUAGUAAACCGUCAUCCAUACGAAGAAGUGAAAGUCCGGGACUCCCACUUGCACCAUUGAUGGAAACUUUUGAAGGUAUCCCGGAGAAAACAACAUCCUCAUCAAAUAACAAUGAUUCUUCCACCAAUAACAAUAAUAAUAUUAGUCAUAGCAAGUUGUCAUCUUCGUCAUCUUCAAGAAAUUCAUGGUGGAUAUUCGGAGGUGGGAAUAGUUUAAAUAAUGAACCAGAAUCUCUGUUGACAACACCCCCAAAAAAUCAAAAGGGGAAGCAAAGUAUAGUUGAGGAUUUAUCAUCGGAAAUGAAACGAUGGUCACUUUUUGGCCCGUGGUCUGCGUCUACACCUAAUCUAUUAGAGCCUCCAAAUGAAGAGGAAGCAGAAAAUAAUAUUGACAAUAAUACUGAACCAAUAAUAACAUCGUCUUCAGCAUCACAAAAAACAAUUGCCGCACAAGAAGGAUCAAUACCACCUGAUAGUUCAUCAUCAGGACCUGUGAAGCCUGCGGCAUCAAUUCGAUUGUCAUCGUCGGGUAAUUCUUCACCGCAAAACAAUGAUGCUAAAGACUCGGAAAAUAAGCAAAAAAAGCGAGAGGAUGAACCAACAUCUAGCACUGCCAGUAAAUCAGAGACAAACCCGCUUGUAGAAUCAAUGCAAACAUCGCGUGCUUCUUGGAUAUACUUUUUCAAAAAUGUUGCACAAACAAAUAAGACAGCUAAUAUUGAAAAUGGGCCCGAAAAGAAAAUGAUCACAGAUGUGUCAGAGCAACAGGUUGCUGUAACAACGACGUCAAAUGGAAAAGAUCAAAAAGUUGUAGUUACAGAAUCUUCAGGGGCUCUGGUGACAACAACUACUCCGACUCCUCCAUCACCAAAAUUACAAACCAAACCAGCGCCACUAAACCAAGUUCUUCCGUCAUUCGAAGAAUUCUCAAAAUUCCGAUCCAACAAAAAACCCAAUGCAUUUAUUCAACAAACCUUGCACACUAUCAACUCAUACUUCUUCCCACCUGACAAAGCCCCAGAAAGCGGUCUCCCCAAAAUUCUUGACGAAUUGACGCGUUCUUCAAUCGACGUGAAAAAAAUAGCAAUUAUUGGUGUACACGGAUGGUUCCCAACAAAAUUUGUACGCUCGCUUGUCGGUGAGCCGACUGGUACUUCACCGAAAUUCUGCGAUAUGAUGGGGAAAGCUGUUGUCGGGUACCUAGCACGCCAUGGUAUCCAUCUUCCAAAUGACGCAGUCACAUUAAUACCAUUAGAAGGGGAAGGGAAGAUCGAUGUUCGAGUUGAUAUUUUAUAUUCAAAUCUGUUAGAAAAUCAAGCUUGGUGUGCUGCCUUGGCUUCCGCGGAUGUGAUUUUUGUUGCGACACAUUCUCAGGGCACCCCUGUUAGUACUAUGCUUCUCGCUCGUCUUAUUGGGUUAGGUCGUGUACAACCGAGACGACAACGUAUCUGUUUGUUGGCGAUGGCUGGAAUAUCGCAUGGUCCCUUCCCGUAUUUGAAAAGCACUUGGGUAGUGAAAUAUUUUGAGGCGGAUGCUGCACGUGAGUUAUUUGAGUUUAUGAAUUCGGAUAGUCUUGUCGGAAAGAAAUACCGGGAUGCACUGCGUAUAAUCACUGCAAAUGGUGUCAAAGUUGUGUAUGUCGCAUCGAUGGAUGAUCAAGUUGUACCGCUUUAUUCAGCCGUAUUCACUGGCGCUAAUCAUCCAUCGAUACUUCGUGCUGUGUAUAUUGAUGGUCCUAUCUACCGAGACAAUGACUUUCUCACGAAUCUGAUUGUCUUUGCUGUUCGACUACGUAAUGCUGGUAUUCAGGAUCACGACCUUUUAGUGCACUUGAGUGAAGUGGUCGCCGGUUCGUUGACUGGUGAAGGACAUUCGGCUUUAUAUGAAGAAAUUGGUGUAUACACUUUAGCCGUUCGUUACCUCUUUGAGACAGUAACUCCAUCUAACGGUAUCACCGUAGUCCAAAAAUCAUUCCAAGCACAAAGAAGCUACAACCCGUAUUACCUCCCGUGGGCGAUGCGCGGGAUCCUCGAUGACAGAUACGUCGGCAAUUCCGAAUACUUUACACGCGAGCUUUAUCGAUUGAGGAAACAGUAUGACGAGUGGGAACCUGUUUCCAAGACGAUGAAGGAUGUAAAGUUUCGGUUGGAGCCGUUGCGUGAGACAGUAAGUCGGUCUAAAUUAUGA